UUAUUCUAAUGAGAAAAACAAAAGUUUGAGGAUAUGCACCACUGAAAUGAAAAUUAAGUAAAGCCAAUUAAACGACUCCAUCAGGCCCAAAGGCGAUCCCACUCAUCAGCUUCUUACUCUCUUACAUCGGCCCGUCCACGAACUCAAACCCUCAAAUAGUCGUCGCUCCUAAUCCUUCUGUCGACGGAAGCGGAGAGUGAAGUAGGAGACAUAAACCUCGCCAUAGCGGCGUAUGUGAUCGCGAGAGUAGCGACGGCUGUAAGACUCCAUGUCGUAUAGAGCUUCUCAUGUCGCUCAGGCCGAGAAGGGUGUGCAAAACUUGGUGGUGGUGGACAGAAUCAGUGCAUUGCCGGAUGAGCUUAUAGUUAGUAUAGUAUCCCUGUUGCCCCUGAAGGAAGCAGCAGCUACUAGUAUCCUAUCUACUCGAUGGCGCCAUUUCUGGACCUUCAUUACCACUCUCGAUUUUCACCAUGAUGUUCUUUUUGAUCUGCGUUCAUACACACGAAAAAGAAUAGAGUCGGAGAUUGAUAGGUACUUGAAUUGGGUGAACAGUGUAGUGAAACAACAUAGAGGCCCAACUAUCCAACUGUUUAGGGUUUAUGCCGAUAUAAAUGAUCCCAAGUAUGCAAGUUCCAUUUAUACAUGGGUCCGAUUCGCCUUGGAAAAGAGAGUCCAAAAAUUUGAUUUUCUGCUUUCGAAAAACAGAUUUUUCCCAUCCAAAGGAGGAAGCGAGAUUAAGGCGGUCUUUAGUACUUUUCCCCAUUCGGACCAACUUUUAAAUGUGGAUAGAGGGUCUGCUUUAAAGCACUUGUUCUCUAAACCUGAUAUUCCAAGUCUACACCCUUGUGCAUACAGUUGUUUUAGUGCAUUCAGUUGCUUGAAGUACCUCAAAGCUCUUGAUUUCGGGUCUGUUAUAGGACUAACUGGACAAGUUCUGGAGUGCUUCUUGUCUAACUGUCCAGUUCUUGAGCGAUUAAAAGUGGUUCGCCCCAACAGGUUGGCUAACUUUAGAGUUAUCGGUCCAUUGAUUGCAUUAAAAUACUUACACAUACUUAAACAUACUGGUCUCUUAAGCAUUGAGAUUUGUGAUGUAAACCAGCUUGUUUCAUUCAUUUAUGUUGGAGAUGAGAUAAACUUGCUGCUUAAGAAUGUACCACAGCUUGUUGAGGUGUCCAUUUCUUCCCGCCGACUUUCAUUUAAAGAGUCUCAUUCUCAGCGAGAGGUUCUAAAAUCUCAGCUAGAGGUUGUCAAAUCUCAGCUAGAGGUUCUCAGACUGAACAAUUCUGUGCUCUACAAUGGGAAAGAUGUAUUUCCUACAUUUGUAAAUCUCAAGCAUUUGGAACUAGGAUUCAAAGAAGUUGACGAUUGCUGUCUACUUCAAUUGGCUUCUUCAAUGAGGGCAUCUCCUUUUUUGCACAAACUUGUGUUGAAGUUGGCAAAGGUAAUCUCUAUAUAUUAUAGCAGAGAAAUGCAGAUUAAGCAAGCUCCCAAAUGCUUCCAUGAAUACCUUAGGGUAGUGGAAGUGGCAGAGUAUCAUGGUCGUACAAGUGAUUUUGAACUUGUCAUGUAUUUGAUAGAGAAUGCUGUUGAACUAGAAAAACUUGUUAUCCAUCCUGUCGGCACAUGGUAUUCUUAUGACCGGAGGAUGCAGUAUGAUGGAAAUGCGGAGAGGGAAGAAAAGGCGGAAAGAAAACAAGCUACUCAGCAGCUUAAAGAACAAAUGCCUUCGACUCUAGAUUUCAUAUGCCGGCUGUAGCAACCGCUUUCGAUAUCAGUGACUGCGAUCAGAUCGGCAGAGUGGUUUAAAUGCCAAUGGGACUAUUACUUUCAAAUCUCGAGGAUCAGGAUAGCAAGUGAAGAACCAAAAAAUUUGUCGUCGCAUUUAGCCAUUUUGAGAAUUUGGAAUGGUUGGGGGACUAUUAGACAUUUUCCUCAGUGAUGUCUUUGAACUGAAUCUAAUUACAUGCACAAGGGUAUUUUCAAAUUUUUAUGGCCAAAAUUUUUACUUUGCAGUUGUCCUAUUUAAGAAUUAAGAUUAUUUGUCCUUUAGCUCUAGCAAACAUUUCAUGUGUUUAUGUUUUCUAAAUGAAUAUGAUUGUCUCAUACUAUUAAGAUUUUUCAGCUUCCUAUAUCGUUAAGUGUCGCCUUCUAAUUUAAUUUUUUUGGG